AAGAAAAUAUUUAUUCUGUGGAAGACCCAAACCUGAAUGUAAACCUUGAACUUAACCAAGACCAACAUGAUCAAGCCAACCAACUUUUAAUAGACAACAUUAAUAUUUUCUCAGAAAAUAUUUUAGAAGAUGGACA